CAAUCGUCCAGAAACGAUGCAGCAACCGGCGGCCAUCCCGAGCCUCCAAGCCUCGCCCACGACGUGUUCCAACGCCCUGUUAGUGCACAAGGCGCCAUGCACACCCGGCAACCCGUUACCAGGAGGAAUCGACCCGAGAUAAGAAUGAGAUACCGACCGGCUUCAAAGCCGACUGAAGAUCAUAGCCACACCCCUCGAUCACCGCCUGCCUACACAGUAGCACCUCGUUGAUACUUCUUUCUACCAUCACGUGUGAGCACGUGACACGAUAGAACAACAUUUUCACGAUGCGUUUCCUUUGCUUGCAUGGCCGGGGGACUAACUCUGAUAUCUUCGAAAGCCAGCUAGCGCCACUAUUCUCACGCGUCUCCCCUCACCAUACUUUCGAUUUUGUCGAUGCUCCGUUCGACUGCGUUGCCGCUCCCGGAAUAUCCCAACUCUACCAGCCUCCGUACCUGGCCUGGCAUACCCAGUACGAACCUCAACAUGUCGAGCCGGUGCAUGACUUCCUUCGCACCGUGAUCGAAGAAGACGGUCCAUACGAUGGUGUGAUUGGCUUCUCGCAAGGCGCAGCACUAGCUGCAAGCUUUCUGCUUUGCCAUGAACACUAUGCACAGAUUCGCGAUCCAGGGCGUCGCCACAGGCCUCCAUUCAAAAUGGCUAUAUUCAUCAACAGCGUCAUGACGUUCUCGCCGUCCGAGCACAUUGGCAGCAAUAUCAGCCAGCAGAUCAAGAAGCAAGAAGAGAAGCACUUUGCAUUUCUCGAGGGCGCAGAUUCCUUGGAAACUGAAGACUAUACACCUACGGAGACAUAUACGGCAAUAGAGGGCGAUUCGAUCUACGGCUUUCCCACGGACACCUUUGCACCCCGCAUUUCGAUCCCGACGCUGCAUCUAUAUGGGACGGAGGAUCAGUUCUUGGAACAUUCGGAGACUUUGGUCAGCCUGUGUCGAGGAGACAGAGCAGAAGUACUGCCUGUUAGGGGUGGGCACGAGCUGCCUCGCACCAACGCAGCUUGGGACAAAUUCGCUGCACUCUUCGAAAUGGUGGCCAUGACGGCUACACUCAUGGAUCAAAGUAGCAGGAGGGGAUCCGCCACGACCUCAUAACGUGAUAUAUGAGGAUGUAAUACGCUUAAUAGAUUUCAUAUGCAUUCCCCAUCUACGCCAUCCAUAGUCUCAUAUCGUCUUCAGAUGUAUAAGUACACAGUACAGGUGCGAACUUAGCUACGAGAGAGUACCCGAGAAAUGUGCCUAUCCGCUAGAGCUCGAUACUCGGGCCUUUCCAGACCCCCUGCUGCUACGCGGGGGUGUUGAAAGGCCCGAGUACCAGGGUUAUCUCACGUCUGCGGCCCAGCCCACUUCGUCACAACUUAGUGGAGCUUGUUUUCUGUACUAUUUUCAGCUGCAGUUGGAGCACUGAACUAGCC